AUGACGGAACGAGACCGGGAUCAGAAUCCUGCCCCUCCAAACAAUUCGCAGCCUGAAGUGGACGGCAACGACGAAGACAAACACGCCCACAUCGAACUUCCGUCCCCCGAGUCUACAAAGCAUCAGUCUCCUUCCACGGCGCCUCUCGUCAACAGCAAUGGCUGGGAUGGCAAACUGCGCAUGCCUCCUCGCAACGCCGUCUUGACCAACCCCGAAAUCCUCUCCGAUCCCGACUACUCAGACCCAGAUGCCCCUCCGGUCGAUCAGAUCGAAGCCGACGAGGACCUGUUGGAUGACUACCCUCUCGACUCUGAGGAUGUCGACCUGGUACAUUGCCGCAUAACUUCCAUCCCUGCCCUCAAACUCGAGCGUUUUGCGCAACUGAAAAGACUGUGCCUGCGUCAGAAUGCCAUUACUUCCAUCCUGCUGCCCGAGAACUUGGGAGAGACACUGGAAGAGUUGGACCUGUACGACAAUCUCAUCUCGCACCUCAAAGGUCUCGAAGACAUGAAAUGCCUCAAAUCCUUGGACUUGUCUUUCAAUAAGAUCAAGCACAUCAAACACGUCAACCACCUUCACACACUGACGGAGUUAUACUUCGUCCAGAACCGCAUUUCCAAGAUCGAAAACCUCGAGGGGCUUUCGAACUUGACCAUGAUCGAGCUGGCUGCGAAUCGCCUGCGUGAGAUCGAAAACCUGGACACCCUAACUCAGUUACAGCAACUCUGGCUGGGCAAGAACAAGAUCACCGAGAUCCGGAACCUGUCUCCUCUCCAAAACCUGAAGCUGCUCGACCUGAAAUCCAACCGUCUUACAUCAAUAGGCGGGCUCUCUGACCUGUCAAACCUAGAGGAACUCUACGUGUCUCACAACGCCAUUACCUCCAUCCCGGCGGAUGCCUUGUCCAACAACAAAAAGCUGCGCAUUCUAGACAUCUCCAAUAACCAAAUCUCGCACCUCGAGAACAUUUCCCACCUGACAGAACUGGAAGAAUUGUGGGCGAGUUCCAACCAACUGAGCGACUUCCGCGAGGUCGAGAACGAGCUGCGGGACAAGGAGAAUCUGGAGACGGUAUACUUCGAAAUGAACCCCUUACAACUGCAGGGGCCGGCGGUAUAUAGGAACAAAGUGAGGUUAGCCUUGCCGCAGGUGAAGCAGAUUGAUGCUACGUGCUGA